AUGAGCCGGUCAACAACUGAGCCACCAGCUGAGAUUGAAACACGGACUAAAGAAGAAGUCGUCAUUGAAACAUCAACAGAAGACGAAGAUGACAUUGAAACACGCAUCGAAGAGGACGUCCACAACAGGCUGACAGAGAACCCAACUGUGGUAAUUAAAAACACCCUGGAUAAACUUGGGAAAGGAAGGCUAAAAUCUUUUAAAUUCCAACUCAAUAAUCACAAGGCAAAAGGCCUUGAACCCAUUCCCCGGAGCAAACUGGAGGACAAGGACGCCAAAGACAUCGCUACGUUAAUGGCUGAAUACUAUGGACGCGAAGAUGCGUUAUCAGUCACACGGGAAAUUCUCCAAAAGAUUAAUCAGCGUGAUCUUGCUUCUCAGCUUGACAGUGACAAUGCUUAUCUAGAAAGUCUGAAAAAAGGAUCACAACAUGAGUCACAGUUCCCAGCAUAUGUGAAAAACUGGACAAAGGAGCAGGUGACCCAGUGGUUACUGCAGCAUGUGAAGGUAUACAGCAAAUAUGCAGAACGGCUCGAAGAAGAAGAUGUGUCUGGAGAUUGCCUUGUUUGCUUCAAGAAGCAGGAUUUUCUGGACAUGGAAGUGAAAAGUGGUCCUGCUGUAAGGAUUUUGGCAGAACUCCGUCAUUUGAACGAGAAGCCAGAACCGACACUGCAACCCAUCGUUCACACCAGCACGGAUCAAACAGAAGCUCCAGGACCCACUCAACCUGAACUGAGUCUGGCUCAGGCCAUAGAAACCAAACAAGCAGAAUCACGAAACAAAAUUGAAUCAAAAACAGACAAACUGGUGGAAAAAGAAUUGGAAAAGUCUCAGCUGCCAUUUAAAGAAGCUUCAGAGAAGAAGGAAAUUCAGCAGCAGAAGCCAAAGGACUUGGGGGCCAGGAGAAAAGAAACUGUGGUGACCACAGCCCCAGAAGCCAAAUACAACAUCACUGUGGAGAUCAAGGAAACCCUAGACAACCUUUCAAAAGAGGAUGUAAAAAGUUUUCAUUUCUAUUUACAAGAAUACACUAACUCCAACUGUAAACCUAUUUCUCGGAGUAGACUCGAGGACAAGGACACCAACGACACCGCUAAGUUAAUCAUUAACAACUAUGGAGAGAAGGAGGCUUUACGAGUCACAAAAGACAUUCUAAAAGAUAUCAAUCAGCGUGAACUUGCUCGUCAGCUGGAAAACAAGACGGGUCAACUGAAGCAGCAGUGUCUCUCAAAGGACGUUUUGAAGAAAGAACCAAACCAGGGAGUCAAAUUAAAGAAUUUGUUAACUUGUGGUGGGAACUCACUGGACAACUAUGGCAGAUUUGUUGUUGUUGUGAACAAAAGCAGUCCAGAACAAUUGCAGUAUCUCCAGUUUUUGAGUAAGUUGAAACUGUUCUGUGUGUUAGACUUUGACCCCAGCUCUGUUGCUCCAGGUGGACUGUGUCAUUCCUACAGUGAAUCAAGGGUGGCCAAUAAGCACACCCCAUCACAAUAUCAAGGGCAGACUGACUCAGUGAUUAAGAGCCUUAAUCUCUACAAACAGACCAGCUGGGUCUUCUGCAAUGGCAGAAAUGACCUUGACAGUGACUCAGACAAGGAGUUAGACUAUAACACCUGGCUGAAGAAAUCUUGCAAAGGUGUAGAAAACUUGGUUUCAUUUGUUUGCAACCCUGAGGUUUUUCUCGCUGGAAGAUGCCUCAUCAUAUUCCUCCUACUUUCACCUGUAGACACUGAGAAAGACCCAAUCUUUGAGAUCUACAAGGCCUUUAUAAAACAGACUGAAGAGGAAAGCAUCAUUACUAUUAGUGCAUCUCGGAGCAAGUAUGAAAAAUGGAGGGAGAUGAUACAAGAAAAGUGUGGCUCCGACAUCGACCCACGAUCUAUAUGUGAGCUGACCCUCAGCGAGGUCAAUGGAACAGUAAUGGCACUGGGACCAUUCAAUCAGCCAUCUGGAAGGCUGCUCCCCUCUUCUGACUCCAGUUGUGUUGUUCUAAAGCAGAAGGACGAAGACUUAUUGACAGCUCUAGAUGUAUUAUGUCUGAAUCAGUGUGAAAACAUUUAUGAUGAAAAAAGUUCAGAGUUUAAUGACUUCAGAAUCAAAGUUGAGGAAGAAUUCUACAGAGGAGGCAAAGUGAAAUGGUGGAACUUCUACUUCUGUGACAAAGACCAAGACAAGCCAUUUGUCAAGCGGGACAAGUAUGAAAAUGUGAAGAAGAUGAUUACGUCUCAGUUGAGAGCUUCAAAAGACAUGUGCAUUCUGUUCAAUCUGUUUCACCACCCAGGCUGUGGUGGUAGCACCUUAGCAAUGCAUUUGAUGUGGGAUCUUCGUCAAGAGUGCAGAUGUGCCGUGUUGAAAGACAAUACACAUCCAAAAGCAGACGUUGCCAUCCAAGUUGUUAAACUCAUGAAUCUUGAAAGCAAGAGACUUUCUCCAGUUUUGCUGUUAGUUGAUGACUCGAAGGAAACAGAGAAUCAUUAUGAACUUGUAAGCAGCAUCCGUCAAGCUGUAGAGGAUUACUUGCUGAAGGCGUGUCUGGAGGAAAGUAGGUCAAGGGGCGUGGCCCAUUCAACACUGCACAGCUGGUCUUCACAGCUGCAGCUCAUCUACAUGAUUCACUCCUGCAAUACUUAA